CUUUGUGGUCUAGCUCGACAUUCCAUCUUGAGACUAUAAGUGACAUCCAACUUGUGAGCGAGACCGUCUUCACCCUCAAACUGUACAGUCGCAUACUUGGCACAUAGAUCUAUAAGUGCUUUUAAUUGAAGCUACUUGGAAUACCGAAUCUGGUCGAAAGAAUGGACUUGACUGCGUUACAUACCACUCUUCUUUGUGUCGGGUCCUACCUUCAUCCAUUUCAAAACUACUUUGGUUUUACGGACUUAAGUAUAUUCCUCUAAAUAUCAACUUCAACUCUGUGAUAGGAGUCAGGUCAUAGAAAACGAUAGUGAAUAUGAAGCUUGAAUGACAGACAAGAUAGACAUAAUAUAUCAGGGAAGGAGAACCAAAUAUAUCAAGAAAGAAAUGUCCAAUUUUGAAGGACAAAUAUAACAGGCAGAGUGAAAACUCAGAAGAUAUAUACAGAACGUAACAAAGUUUCUGAAUCUCUUGGAAACGGGAACAAAGAGAGAAUUGAGAGCUGGUGUUCUUGGUUGUAUUUUCGUAAAUUUCGUCAAACUUACAAUACAUGUAGGAAUUGGCCACCAAGUAUAGUUUGUAUUAGACAACACUCGGCAAUCUGAACAUCUAGUCAUUAUAUAUGAAAACUGUAUCGUUUGUUAACUCAAUAUACUUAACAAAGAGCGGAAAAUACAGUAAAAGAGUCAUCACAAACCAACUCAAGUGUAGUGGAAAAGUCAUCACACACACUAAAUUUAAUUUAGUGAGAAUGAUUACACACCAACUGAAGUCCAGUGCAUGAAAGAGACAUUAGACCAACUGCAGUCCAGUGCGUGAAAGGGACAUUACAGGCCAACUAAAGUCCAGUGAAUGAAAGAGACAUUACAUGCCAACUGAAAUCCAGUGAAUGAAACAGACAUUAGACCAACUGAAGUCCAGUGCAUGAAAAAGACAUUACAGACUAACUGCAGUCCAGUGCAUGAAAGAGCCAUUACACCAACUGAAGUCCAGUGAAUGAAAGAGACAUUACAGACCAACUGAAGUAUAUAUCACAGGAGAGAAAUUACGGGCCAACUCAAUUCCAGAUCAUAGGAGAGACAUUGUAGACCACCAUAAGUCCAGAUAAUAUGAGAGACAUUGCAGAAAGUCCAGUGAAAAAGUGAUCGCAGACCACAACUCUGCCGCAAAAUAUACAACCGGCUUUCAUUUUGUUUAAAACUCAAUCGGUACCUCACAUCAAAGGAAGAGAAUAUUAGAAAAUUGUCACUAAACCAUGUUUAGAAACCUUAUACCUUUAGUUAGGUAAUUAGGUCACUCAUUAUAGUUAAGUUCGUUUGUUGAAAUCAACGUAAUGAUGUGAACGCUUUCUUCAAGAAGCAAUAAAACACGAAAGACAAGAGUAAUGAUUAACAACAAUCGAAUGAUAUCUCACAGUAGUAGUUAGUAAACAUCUGGUACAUAUAUUGUUCUUUUCUAAGAAUCACCGAAUCUACACGUAACUGUUCUGUGAAUAUUGAAUGAUUUUCCUUUAACUGCGGUUAAAGAUAGUUAAUACAUUAACUUAUUCCAACAUAUGUAUUCUAAUAUUCUGUGCUUGUUUAGAUAACACUUUCCGAGUUGAAGCAGAUAACAACGAGUGAAUGUAAAAGGCAAUACCUAUAUCUUCAGCUUACUUGUCAUUAACCUAAUCGAGCACACGCUUCGAAGUGAAACUGACUCCAAAGCUAGAGGAACGUUGCACAAAGUAUCAAAAGAAUGAACUAUUUUAUAAUUUAAAGAAACGGUGAGAAAGAAGCUGAAACUAAGACACGCCUUUAUGUUGUGAAUCAAAAAUUACGAAAAAUAAUAAAAAAAUGUUGCCGUUACUUAGUUACCAUGAAAGAGCUUGUUGGUGUGGCAACCGACUUGAGUUAGACUGUUGAGAAAUCUCUGGCCCAAUCACAGAGCUUAGAAGAUAUAUCAAUCUGGCCAGAAUUAAUAAUCGGUGUUCUAACUACUAUAAUUCACUAUACGACUGGCUGGUGGAGGAAUCGUGAAGAACAUCAGCUUAAGAACAGGUAAUUAAGUUGAUCAGACCAUCUGUAGCUUAUACACGGUUGUAUGUGACUUUUUCAAGGGCCACUUUUGGAAAAAAAGAAUUUGCGCGGGAAUUUAUCAUCACGAUUAUUUUAUGGUUUGUAGCUAUUGAAAAUCACGUAAGAUCGUUUAAACGAAGGGUUUUCCAGUCUCAUCCAAGCCUAAUUACGUACGUAGUUCUUCGUUUCAGACUACUAUGGCCACGUAUCUAUGUAAUAGUUCUGGUUCGCCGAUAGAUGGCAGCCCUAACUGCCAGGGUGACAACCACGAAGCAAGAAAACUUACACCGGGAGAGUCGACGUCGGAGUCAGGCACCCCUAAGAAACAAAAUCUGACAUUUUCAAUUGCAAAAAUCAUGGAAUCUGAACCUGAAAGACGUAAAUGUGUUAAGCCUAAUGUGUAUUUAGAGGAAGUGUUUGAUAAUUUUAAGCACCAUCUUGGUAAUCCAGUGUUUACUAACAGUGCUACUCCAUGUAAUCCAACGAGUCCUUUAACGAAUACUCUGUUUUCCACAGGAACAUUAAAUGUAUCUCCUUAUUCAUUUUUUAUUAGUCCUUUUGGACCUCGAUAUCCAGAAGUGCGAUACGGUCCAGAUGUGAAAGGAUUGUCUCCAGGCGCCACAUUAGACUCUACUUGUGAAAGUUCUUUUAAGAAACUGGGAUCUACCAUUGGUUUAAGAGACGUCCCUUAUUUAUCCCCUCGUGCAGUUGAGAGCAACUCUAGGUUUCCCCAAAUGAGAGCUCAAGACCUACUACGUCAAUAUGGCAUUUUAUACUCACUCUAUCCUUCCCAAUCGGUAGCACAUAUCAUGAACAUGCGCAGUUUCGGAUUUAGGCCUGAUCAUGAGCGAUCUCUAUCUCUGUGGAGGAAUUCACCCCAAUCUCAGGACGAUGCCUUUUUUCAGGUUAUUCGACCACAACCUGUGAUCCCUUCAACGGGCUGCAACAUGACUACACGCCCGUCAAGGGGUCAAGAAAAACAGCAACAGGCAACUUUUCUGACGAAUUCCGAAGAUAACGUUCCAAUGGUUUCCUCUAUUAAAAGUCCACGAAAUUCUGAAAACACUGUAUCUAACUCUAACAGUAGUGGUUUUCAGACAACAGUUUCCUCGCGAGGAAGAAGAAUCACGAACAAGCAGAAAACAUUUACUUGUACAGAAUGUGGGAAAAUAUUUAAUGCUCAUUACAACUUAACUCGUCACAUGCCCGUACACACAGGAGCCAGACCUUUUGUGUGUAAGGUGUGUGGGAAGGGAUUCCGUCAAGCUAGCACUUUGUGUCGCCACAAGAUCAUUCAUACAGAGGAGAAACCGCAUAAGUGUCACACUUGUGGAAAGGCCUUCAACCGGAGCUCCACCCUAAACACGCACAUUAGGAUCCAUGCUGGUUAUAAACCAUAUGUGUGCGAGUUCUGUGGCAAGGGUUUCCAUCAGAAGGGUAACUACAAGAACCACAAGUUAACGCACAGUGGCAACAAGGCCUACAAGUGUUCCGUGUGUAACAAGGCAUUCCACCAGGUCUACAAUCUUACCUUUCACAUGCACACACAUAACGAUAAGAAACCCUACACGUGCAAAGUCUGCGGCAAGGGAUUCUGCCGAAACUUCGACUUGAAAAAACACAUGCGGAAAUUACACGAAAACAUCAAUUCAACGACAGCUGCCACCAGUGGCUCUACCGUUGUUAAUGCUGUCGCUAGUAGCGCCCCCUCCGUGAACGAGAAUUUUGUUAACCCUUUUUUUGUCCCACCGAGUACUAAUAGUUACAUAGAACAGCUAUCGGGAAUUAUCUAAUAUACAAAUUAGUGAUUGAUUUAUUAACAAUUUGACCUUU